ACAGAGCUUUUCCAAUCGCUCACAUCAAAACAGUGAUUAUGGAUCGUCAUUAACUCAUAAAAUCAAUCAAUCGGAUCAAAAACAAAAAGAUAUCACAAAGCAGCUGACGAUUCUCACACUGUAUAACAAACGAACAAUCUUUUUAUUUAUUUACUCAGAUUUAUCUUUUUUAUCGUAUCAUUUACAUUCAUGGCGGAUCUGUACGGAGCUUCUCCAUCUGCACCUCCAGAAUCUGAAGAAAUCUCCUCCUUCCUUCUCCAACUCCUCCAUAAUCCUUCAACUUCUUCUUCUUCUAAAUUUAUGCACCACUCUCUCGCUUCUCCUCCUCCUCCGUCGCAGCAGCCGGCUGAGAAUUCAUCCGCCGCUGAAUUGUUUUUCGGCCGUUCUUCCGCCGCCGGCGGUGGAAGCUCGUCCUUUAAUUACUCCGAUCAAGGCGGUUAUUUUGUUAAAGAGAGCGGUGCAAAUGUUUUCUCUUCGAGAAGGAGAGGUGUUUCGGUGGAAAAUGAUCUAGGUGACUUAAGCGGCGAUAGCGAGAAAGGUGUUGCUGAAGAGGCAGAAGCGCCGGUUGAAACGGUGCCGUCCAAAGGCUCAUCAAAGAGGAGCAGAGCGGCGGAGGUUCAUAAUUUAUCGGAAAAGAGGAGAAGGAGUAGGAUUAAUGAAAAAAUGAAGGCUUUACAAAACCUUAUUCCCAAUUCCAAUAAGACUGAUAAGGCUUCGAUGCUGGAUGAGGCGAUCGAAUACUUAAAGCAGCUUCAGCUUCAAGUACAGAUGUUAACUAUGAGAAAUGGGUUGAGUUUGCAUCCAAUGUGCUUACCAGGAGUUCUACAGCCUAUGCAACUGCCCCUAGCGGGAAUGAGCUUUGAUGAAGGAGGCGGAUUGCUAAAUGCCAAUGCAGAAGAAAACUCAGCACAAACCACUCUUAAUAUUCCUAACAGGUGUACUGAAUCAAAUCAACCAAUUGGGUUGCCUUCAGCAACAGGCAUCAUCUCUUCAGAAACCCCCUUUGGUUUUGAACCUCUGGUUCAGGCUCACUAUGAACCCUUCAAUCUAUGCACUUCUUCGAAGGAUAUUUGCAGAGAUGGCACAUCAAAUGCACCAUUAGAUACAAAUCAAGCUGCGCAGACCACUUCAUCGGGUGUGUCCUAGUUCAUAUCUUACACUUAGAUUCAGGAUCAGCAGACCAAAUUUCAUGUCCCUGUAAUUUUACUUAUUUUCCUUUUCAACUUUCCCUAAUUGUCAUAACUCAUAAGGUCCCUACUGUCUGUGAGAUGAACUGUUGACAUUUAACAAGCUCAUACAAUCACGGGAACCAAACUUUUUAACGAAAUCUCUUAACUUCAAUCAAAAUGUUCGGGGCAAACCCUGUCAAUGUUCUUA